UUCAAACUCACGCGCCACUGUGCGCGUUAAGUUACUUAUUUCUUUCAGUUUGAGAUUACAAUUUGGGAUAAAUUACGAAAAGUUCUCAAUCCGACACAAAAAACCCCUAAAUAAUAAUCAAAUCUCUCUGCUUCUCUGGAAAUUUCAAAACUUAGGCUGAGUCAAAGAAAUCGAGUGAUCCGAUUCCGGCGAGAGAGGAACAUCAACGGACUUUUUUUUUGUUCAUACCCAAAAAAUGACGUCGUUUCAGGUGAUGCGUUCUUCGAAUUCUAGAAACUCGGAUCUAUCUCAUCGUAUCUCUUCUUCUUCUUCUUCGUCGUCUAUAAGACCUCAUCAACAACAGUUCCGGCGAGAUCUCUCUAAUGGCGGUUACGGCGUAAGAAACGACGGUUUAUUAUACAGUUCAACUUCCAUGACGGUUGAAGGUAUUUUACACGAUACUUUCGCUUCAGAUCCACCUGCACCGACGGAGUCAUCGCUUCUCGAUGCUUCGAUUACUCUCAUGGAUGCUUCUCCUGCGACAAUGACUGUUGUUGUGGAAGGAGGAACGGAGACGACGACGACGACGCGUGAUGGGAAGAGUGUUGAUGAGGUUUGGAGAGAGAUGGUAUCAGGAGAAGGGAAAGGUAUGAAGGAAGAGACGCAGGAAGAGAUAAUGACGUUAGAGGAUUUUUUAGCGAAAGCUGCGGUGGGGGAUGAAGCUGGAGCGGCGGAUGAUUUGGAUGUCAAGAUUUCGCCGACGAAUUACGGGUUCGAUCAUUCCGCGCCGCCGCAUAAUCCGUUUCAGAUGAUUGAUAAAGUUGAAGGAUCGAUUGUUGCGUUUGGGAAUGGUUUAGAUGUUUACGGCGGUGGUGGUGGAGCGAGAGGGAAGAGAGCUAGAGUUAUGGUUGAGCCAUUGGAUAAAGUAGCUGCACAAAGACAGAGAAGGAUGAUUAAGAAUCGUGAAUCUGCUGCUAGGUCUAGAGAGAGGAAACAAGCUUAUCAAGUUGAGUUGGAAACUUUGGCUGCUAAGCUUGAAGAAGAGAAUGAGUUGCUUUCAAAGGAGAUUGAAGAGAAGAGGAAAGAGAGAUACCAGAAGCUGAUGGAGUUUGUGAUUCCUGUGGUUGAGAAACCUCAGCAGCAGAGGUUUUUACGCAGGAUUCGGUCUUUGGAAUGGUGAAGAAAGGUAUAGACCUUUUGCGGAUUUGUAGGAUUUAAAGGGUUACUUUUGUGUAUGUUGUGUGCGAGAAUGAGAAGAGUGGAUUCAUAAUCCUGCAGUAGAGUUGUGAUGUGAUGAUUAUGGUUAAUAACUUAUAUAGUAUAUUGAUUGCAUAUGUUACCUAUAUGGAUCUUAGGAUGAGCACAAUCUCUCUCUCUUUGAAUAUAGAGUUUGAAUUAUUAGGGUUUAUAAGUUUGAGUAGAGUGAAUUAGUUGGGAGGAGGAGCAGUGAUAUCUUCCUCUUCCUUGUUCUCUUGGCAUCGAUUUAGCAGACGAAGUCGGUGCUAGAGAUGAGAUACCUGUAAGGCUGUAACCACUCAGAUUCAGAGUCGAAAUGGUAUCCACAGAAAUGAGCUUGGUCUUUCAUCCCGAGCCAUGCAUGUAUGUGGAGGUAAAGCGAAUCAAAGUACAUUGAACUACAAAGUAAACUUAUUAUGAUUAGCAGUUGAUCGAACCACUUGUAUGACUUCUUAUGUAAACCAACAACAGUGAACCAAACAUGACACGUAUGUCUCUGCUGAAUAAGAAAAGUAUAUUGCUUCUUAA